AGUUAACGUCAAAACAUAGACGUUAUGUACAUUAAUGUCUAUGCGUCAAAAGAAGUUAUUCAGUUUUUGAAUUGAUUAUUGAUAUCAACAAUAAAUAAAAUAGAAGGAUUAUUGAUCGUCCUUCAACUCUUCAUAUUGAAUAUUUAAAAAUGUCUCGGUCCACAACAAGAUUUGAUACUAAGAAAGUGAACUCUGAGCUUGUGACACUGACCUACGGAGCGUUGGUGGCACAAAUGAUCAAGGAUCUAGAUAAUACUGAUGAUGUCAGUAAACAAAUUGAAAGACUAGGAUAUAAUAUGGGUAUCAGACUCAUAGAAGACUUUCUGGCAAAAACUGGAUCUGGCAGAUGCUUAGAUUUGAAAGAAACUGCAGAUAAAAUCCAGACAGCAUUCAAAAUGUACUUAGGAGUACAGCCAAAUGUAACCAAUUGGAGUUCGUCUGGAGAUGAGUUUUCCUUCAUGUUAGAUUCCAAUCCUCUAACAGAAUUAGUUGAGCUACCUGAUGAUCUCAAGGGGCUGAAAUAUUGUAAUAUCAUUUGUGGGGCCAUAAGAGGGGCAUUAGAAAUGGUCCAGCUCGAUGUUCAAAGUUGGAUAGUGCAAGAUCAACUAAAAGGGGAUCAAAGCACAGAAGUUCGAGUAAAAUUCAUUAGAAGACUAGAAGAUGCAAUGCCAGCAGGAGAAGACUAAUUUUGUAACAUCAGUAAAGUAUUUAUUGCAUGAGACAUAUUUAUAUCUGAGGUAUGAAUAUUGUGAUAUUCCAUUUUUGUUUCACCUAUUUUUAUUCAGCUGUUUAUAAGCCUACAAAUUAUUGAAAUAUAUACAUGUUUUGGUGUAA